GCCCCGGCGCCGCGCACCGCCUGGGCCGCGGAAGCGCGCAGCUGUCCAGCUUCCGGAAGUGCGCCGGAGCGGGCGGCUUGGGCGGAGCAUUGACUCUCAUUCCUCAACAUCCUAGAAGACACAGUUCUCUCUAGAGACUGCUCCAUCCUGGAAGCCUCUCGCCUAAAAGGUCCCGAGAAGCCUGACAAUGCCUGUUGACUUGGGGCAGGCCCUGGGCCCGCUUCCUUUUCUGACCAAGGCCGAGGAUGCCACAUUCUCUGCAUCAGAUGCCACCCAGCAAAGGGAGCUUGCCAACCCUGAGACUGCUCGCCAGCUUUUCAGGCAGUUUCGUUACCAGGUGAUAUCUGGGCCCCAGGAGACCCUGAGACAACUCCGGAAGCUCUGUUUCCAGUGGCUGCGGCCAGAGGUUCACACCAAAGAGCAGAUCCUGGAGAUCCUCAUGCUGGAGCAGUUUCUGACCAUCCUCCCUGGGGAGAUCCAGAUGUGGGUGAGGAAACAGUGUCCAGGCAGUGGAGAAGAGGCAGUGACGCUAGUGGAAAGCUUGAAGGGAGAUCCCCAGAAACUGUGGCAGUGGAUCAGCAUCCAAGUUCUAGGACAAGAGAUUCCAUUCGAGAAGGAGAAUUCAACACACUGCCCUGGGGACAGGUUGGAGCCCGCACUGGAGGUGGAGCCCUCGAUGGAAGUGGUACCUCAGGACCUGCCCCUUCGGAAUUCAUCCUCAGCACCUGGGGAGCUACUGAGCCAUGGUGUGAAAGAGGAAUCAGACAUGGAGCCAGAAUUAGCUCUGGCUGCUUCCCAGCUUCCUGCCAGACCUGAGGAGAGGCCUGUUAGAGACCCAGAGGUGGGAACAGCACUUCUCCCAGCGCUACAGGAGGAGCAGUGGAGACACCUGGAUUCUACUCAGAAGGAACAGUACUGGGAUCUCAUGCUGGAGACCUAUGGGAAAAUGGUCUCAGGAGUAGCAGGUGUUUCCAACUCCAAACCUGACCUGCCUAACUUAGCAGAAUAUGGGGAAGAGCUGGUGGGGCUGCACCUUCACGGCGCUGAGAAGAUGGCGAGACUCCCCUGCAAAGAAGACAGACAAGAAAAUGACAAAGAGAACCUAAACUUGGAAAAUCACAGGGACCAGGGAUGUCUGGAUGUUUUCUGUCAGGCAUCAGGUGAGGCUCCACCACAGACUGCCUUGAGUGAUUUCUUCGGUGAGAGUGAGCCACAUCACUUUGGAGGAGACAGUGUCCCAGAAGCUCUGGAAAACCUUCAGGGUGAGGGAACUGGGGCACAUCUCUUUCCUUAUGAAAGGGGCUCUGGGAAACAGCCAGGUCAGCACAUACAGAGCUCAUCCUCGGGAGAACUGUCUGCCUUGUGGCUAGAGGAGAAGAGAGAGGCCUCUCAGAAGGGACAGGCCAGAGCCCCCAUGGCCCAGAAACUGCCCACUUGCAGAGAGUGUGGGAAAACCUUCUAUAGGAAUUCACAGCUUGUUUUUCACCAAAGGACUCAUACCGGAGAGACAUACUUUCAUUGCCGCAUUUGCAAAAAAGCCUUUCUACGAAGCUCAGACUUUGUGAAACAUCAGAGAACUCACACAGGAGAGAAGCCCUGUAAAUGUGAUUACUGUGGGAAAGGCUUUAGUGACUUCUCAGGCUUGCGCCACCACGAGAAAAUCCACACAGGAGAGAAACCCUAUAAAUGCCCCAUCUGUGAGAAAAGCUUUAUUCAGAGGUCAAACUUCAAUAGACAUCAAAGGGUUCAUACAGGUGAGAAACCUUAUAAAUGUACCCACUGCGGCAAGCAGUUCAGCUGGAGCUCCAGCCUUGACAAGCAUCAGAGGUCACACUUGGGGAAGAAGGCCUGCCCAUAGCCACGUCCCCAGGCACUGCAGUCCAUUGCAAGCCUGCUCAGCUCUGCCUGAAGAACUUGGACGAGAAACGACUUCCUCCUCUCAAUGUGUUGGAGGGAGAGGAGCUGGGCACUGUUUUGCUGUGGAGGGGAUGUUGUUCUGAGUUGAGUUGAGUUUUUCUUUUUGCACCAGGAAAAGAAAACAGUUCUUAUUUGUUUCAGCUGGCCUCCUAUUUUGGACCCCCUAGGAAAGACAUGCAGUGUAGAUAAUGACUGUAGUAGCUCUCCGAUGAGAGCCUGACUGGCUUCUAGAGCAGGCUCUCACAGAAGGGGAGGUAGGGUCGACUUCGAGUGCAUGCCAUCUUUGUCAGACUGGUGACAGAGUUCCUGUCUAACUGUCCCUUACUUGAAAUAAACUGAGCUGAGUUGGUCUCUA